AUGACCAAUGCAAUUAUUACACCCCAUUCUGCUCCAAGUACUCCAAUUGGCGGGUUAUCUGCUUCUGCUACUCCUAUCAUUCCAAGUAGUAGUGGUUCCAACAGUCAGAAGGUUAAUAUUCCAACCUAUGAGAAACCUUUGCACGAGAAAUUCACUACCAUGUACAAGACAUUAUUAGAUUUAAAGAACAAUCGGAAUAAAUACAUUGACUCCAAACAAGUUUACCAAAUUUAUGAUUCAUUUUUGAAUUUAUUGAACGAUUUGAAAUUGACUAGAAAGGAUGAAGAAUUGAAAGGAUUUACUUUGAAUUUACCUAAUGCUAAUGAUUUGUUAAUUGAUGAUAUUUGUCAAUUGUUAUCAUUAUGCUUUGUCACUUGUGGAUUGAUCAAGUUUGCUCCUGCUACUUAUAGUUCUUUAUCUACAGUUAUGAAAUUAUUACUUCAUUUACAAGAAUCUAACGUCUAUACUGAAGAAGACUUGCAGCCCAUUGGUAAAAGAUUACAAGAAAUUAGAGAUAUUAUAAUCAACAAGGGUGAUAAGUACAAUGAUGACGACGAAGAGGAGAAAGCUGACAAAUCCCAUCAAAUUGAAGAGACUUUAUUACGUAAUAAGUUGAUCAAGUGUGAAGCAGUCUAUCAGGAAUUGGAAAACAAUUUCAAGAAUAUCCCUCUGGAUUUAGAACCAAUUUAUCAUAAAUUGAUUGAAUUAAGAAAGAACAUUUUAGCAUACAUAACUGAAUUAAAUGAUAAGGAACAUCACAACAUUAUCAAACAGGAGAAGUUGUUGAUUAGAGUUAGUCAAUUCAAGCAAGAAUUGAAGAAGAUUGAAAAACUAAGAGAUGAAUCCGAUGGGAAAUUUAAAAGUGAAUUAUUGGAUCCAAAAGGAUUAGAUUCAAUACAAGCUGUUUUGAAUGGGUUAAUCGAUGAAUGUAACAAUCUAAUGGAAGAUUUAAUCGCUCAUAAUGCAGCUGAUGAUGACUCCAAGCAAACAGAAUUAUCGUUAUUAUUAGCCAAGUCAUUAGUUCUUAAUGAAGAAUUCACUAAAUUAAACUCCAAAUAUGAAUCAUUAUAUACCCAGUUAUCCGAUUUAAAAUUAACUUUAGAAAAUGUUUUAGUGACUAGAAGAUGGACAUUGAGAGAAACUGAUUUAUGGAGUUAUCAGAAGUUAUUAAAAACUAUAGAUGAAGAAAGAUUAUCAUUAAUAGAAAAGGCUGCCAACAUUGACCCCACUUUACAAAAACAUUUCAAGAAAAACCAAGCCCUUACAUUAUACCUUGUUCGUCGAUGUUAUUCGAUCAUUUACAAAUUGUUGGAAAGUAGUGAACCAGUAAGUGAAAGUUUAACUCCAAUACACAAUCAAUUAACCACCGUUAAAAGAUGUUUAUUAGAAUUAAAGAGAGUUCAUGGAUUGAACAAUUUACGUGAAUUAUAUCCAUUCCAAUUUAAAUUGGCUUCUUUGGAUAAUUUACGUAAUGAUGGGAAAUUUAUUGUAAAUAAUCAAAUCCCCGAAGGUCAAGGAACUUUAAAUGCAUUAUUGGCUGAAUGUUUUGAUAUUUUACAAGAAUUGAAGAUUGAAUUGUAUGAAACGGAAGAUGAUGAUGAUGAACAACAAGAAAAUGUCAAUGGAGGAAGUUUUACCAAUUCAACUGGUGGUGUAGGUGGAAUUGCAUCUAGUCUUGCCAAUGAACUCACUGAUGACGAAGUUGAGAUUAAACGUAAUAGAUUUCAAGAGUUUAAUGAAGCUGAUUAUGAUUUGGAUAGUGAGUCUGAAUUUGUUGAUGAUGAUGAUGAUAUAGAAAGUGAAUAUGAAGGAAAUGAUUAUUAUUAA